GGCCCAUCAGUUCUCCACGUUUCUUGAACACGAUUACCACGUAACAGUUAAAAUUCAGACAUGUCACCUGCCGAGGAAUCGCAAACGGUCGAGAAAUCGCCAGUGGAAAACGACGGAGAAUCGAGGGAAAUGGAGGAAAAGUCCUUGGACCAGAUGGAUCAGGUGGAUGUGGACUCAAGCACCGCUCGUAAAUUCUGCAAAACUUUGGACGUUCUGCUGGCAGACGUCGACAAUAACGAUAACCUGUACACCGCGGUCCGUCAGUGCUUGCACAAGGUUAAUCGAAUCUCACGAAGUUCGCUAUCCCCAGUGAGAAGCCCCCGUGCACAGGCGGAUCGAGGCGGUGUAUCGCGCGAGUCGAUCGGGAAGCUAUCUGCGAUCAAGGCGUUCUUCGAGAUGAACAUCCAGACGAGGAAGAAGACCAAGAAGAAGACCGUCAUGGACAAGCUCACGUCGUCCCUGGGGUUGAAGAAACGUGGAUCUUUCUCCGACGAAUAUCCACGGAGAUCGGUCUGGACGUGAACGACAACGUAAUAUCAAAAUAGGAAGCAGAAACCAAAGGAAAAGCUUACACCUAAUCGCGUUG